ACAGACACUCAUUCUCAUUGUCAGUCACUCACACUCACAAUCAGACGGCAGACAGACAGAGACGACAGACACUAGGGAGAACAAGGCCUGUUCUUGGUGCUACAAGUCCGAGUGCAUAAGCUUUCAACAUGGGUAAUCCCAACAACGAGGCAAUGAGGCUGAUGAUAAGGAUGUUUGGCGGCAGCGUGGACAUACCUGUCCGUGAGGUUCGUCCGACAAGUAACGUUGAGCAACAGUUGGUCUUUCAGUUGGACGACGUUGAUAGCUCUCAAGUGCAGCAAUUACAGCAGGUUCAGAGCUUUGAGAAUGGUGUGGGACAUUCCAAUCAAUGGGCAAUGCAUUCCUCGCACCGGGAGCAGGUGCUGUUGCUGAAAGUUGCCAAUGACAAGCUUGAGAAGCAGAAGAAAGAGUUGAGUAUGCUGCUAAAAGAGGCUCAGGCGUUCAAAGAGCAUGCCACGAAAAUGAUUUCUGUCUACGAGGUGAUCCACAAGCAGGAUGAAUCGAUCAUCAAGCAGAACAACCGCAUAAUUGCAGCUAAUGACGAGAAAAUCGCUGCUCUUGAGCGAGAAGAAGUGAAGACGCCUAAUACGGCCAAGAAAGUAUCAGAAAAGCGAAUGCUUCGAACUUUGGUGAAACUUGCUGAAAAGCUGAAGGAAAAUGAUCUUCUCACCAUUCAUUACACUAAGAAGCUGGAGGGUUGGACUGAGUUGUUGAGUGAUGAAAAUAAUGACUCCUAUGAUGUGGAUGGCUUGGAGGAGAGUCCUGGACCAAAGAACACCAAAGAGGAACCUAACGCAGAGGCUCCUGCUGAAAAUUUCGUCACUGCUGUUGUGGAAGAAGCUGAGAUGGCGGAGGAAUCUGCUGUUCCUUCUGAUGCUCCACCCAGUCCUGCUAGAGAGGAAAAUCUGGAGACUGCUGAAGAGCCUGAGCCUGAACUACCUGAAGCUACAGAUGAGGCUACUUCCCCAGUCAAGGAAAACAUGAAUCCAGUCGUCGUGAUUGAGCCUCUGAAUAUGGAGUUAACAGCUGCUCCUGCUCUAACUGCUGAGGAAAAUCUGAUCCCAAAUGACGUGGCUGUUGAAGCUAUAGUCAUGAAUGACUCGCCCGUCUCUUUGGCUGACCCUCAGUCUGCAGAAGUUGAAGCUCCUCCAGCUGGAGGUGCUGAGAAUGAAGCUGGAGAGCAAGCUGUUGCGAUUCGUGAUGGAGAACAGGUCUUGUCCCACGACACGCCUGAAACUGCGGUGGAAACCUUGUCGACUGAGGAGUCCGAGGAAAUGCAGGGAGUUGAAAUGGUGGAGGCUCAAUCGAAGCCUGUCCAAGCUGGGGAUUCUGCCACAGGUUGUGCUGGUGAUGAUGCGAUGCAGAAAGAAGGGUGUCAGACUCAGGAGGCUGAAGAGUGUGAAGAGUCAAAACCCAGCACUGCAGAGAAAGAUGAUGAUGAAAUUGCAGAUGGUGAGGACGAUUGGAUCCACAUGGAACUUUCAGACGACGACUCUGUUUGCGAUGUUAGCAUGAAGAUUGAUGAAGAGACUGUUGGCACUGAAGGUGAAGAACAAGAAAUGAGUGUCCAUCAAGAAGAAGAAAAGGCUCCUGUGUUCGAGACUCCCGAAACAGCCGAUUCUCAACAAGCCAUUCCCAUUGUUGAAAGUCAAGCUGAGCCUGAAAACAAAAAUCAGGCCGAAUCGGCUCCACCCGCAGGUGCCAUCAAAGUGGCUGUAGACCUGCUCCAAGCCAAGAAUCAUAUGGUGACUGCUAAAAUCGUGGAGGAUGAAAUUGAGGCUGAAGUCUCUCGCCUGGUCAGCAGGAAUUCCAAUCUUGCUGAGUUGGCUAGUCUUUGGGACAGUGACAAGGAGAUGGAGAAGCAAAAGCAGACCGACAGUUCCAUGCUGUCAGUUACAAGGGAGGUCUCCCUUGCUCUGGAGAUGCCUCCUGGAAGGACAGCUGAUGCUCCUCCUUCCACUUCGCAGAGCAGCAAUGCAGAGGAAGCUGCUAAAGAAGAUGAAGAAACUGAAGCUGAACCAGAAAUGGUGCUUCCAAAGAAAGCCUUGAAGCGCAAAUCAAGCAUUUUGAAACAGGAGUUUACUCCCGAAAAGCCUAAGACGCGAGUCAUCUUCCUCGGCACCUGGAAGUACUCUCCAGACAAGGUGGACACACCUCUGGAACCAAUCAAAUCUCAGCUGUCAACUAAUUGCUCGAGGAUGAAGAUUACCGCUUUUGUUGAUGACGAAGCUCCUGAUGCCACGGCAAGGCCUAGGUCGAAGACAACCUUGCUUAGAAACACGAGUCUGCCUGACUACUAGGAUGAAGGCCCUGAGUUUGAAGUGCAGCGGAGAAGGAAUAUAAGCCAAAGGAAGAAAAUCAACUGAAGAAUGAAAAUGCCGAAGGUUCUGCUCCACGGUUUUACCGUGCAUCAAGCUCGAUGAGUAACCAAUAUGUUCCUCUCUAAUAUAUCCUUUUAUGCUAAUCAAUAAUAAUAUACACUAAGAAAUUGGGCCGCUCUAUGCUUCCUUUAAAAAAUAAUGAAGUUUGAUGUUACUUUGACUUGCACUGCGUCGUCUGCAUGAUUCUCGAAAUGCAUUUUAAAAUGCAAGUUUUGUUAUGUGCAUGCUGGAUCAUUUGAAAUAAACUACUCUUUUAUUUG